CUUCGCCGCUAAUAACACGAGUCGUCGUGUCAAGCUUGAUCUCUUCGCGGAACCCUCUGGAGAUUUGGGUGGCUCAGAUGUGCGUUGUGAUGGAGUUGAGAAGAAAAAAACAGAGCCUAAUGAGUUACCUAAGUCACCUUCGUCUUCAGGUGGGUUCCAUCAGCUAGAUCUUCACUUCAGCUAUAUGUAGCAACGCUCCACAUCUUAAUUGGGAGUGUUCUUAUUUGUGUUCCAAACACAUGUUAUGUUCUUUGCCCCUCCCCCAAAAAAUGUUCUCAGAGAGUAGAGAGUGGCUGUGGUGUUGGGGACAUCGUAUGACAUCAGUUCAAGCCAGCCAGGCCACAUUGAUAUUAUGAAUGAGUUACUCUAUUUUUUGCAGCUUCAAGCUUACUAGCUUUAUGGGAACUUUCUUCUUCUGGAUAUAGCUCCUAGCGGUUUGUAUGUCUCUGGCUGUUUUGGCGUGCAAUACGUAAACUGACUCGGCUUUGUCAUUUUAUUGUGACAGGGAAGAAAACAGAGAACCCUUUACUUUUACUUGGACAAUAUAGUGAUGAGGAGGUAGAAGAAGAGGAGGAGGAGGAUAAGGAGAAGGCAGGUGAUGCUGCUGUCGAUACUUCUUUAGCCAAUAAAAAUGAGCAGGUUGAAGCACACAAAGAUACAAAUGUCAAAUCUGGUGCAGACACGACUAUGCAGAUGGUUGACCGACAACAAACAGGGGAGGAUUCUUCUGCUUCUUAUUUUAAGGCGGAAGGGGGAAGUGGUUAUGUCGCAGCGAGUAACUCGACAGCCUUUGAUGGACUAAACAAGCAGACAAAUCCUUCAGUUCAAGCAUCUGGCACCGUGUCUUUAGAGUAUCAUGCUCCCGCUCCCACGGAUGUUACUUCGCAGUGGAAGAUGAUUUUGCAUGAGGAGAGCAAUCAGUAUUACUACUGGAACACACUAACUGGUGAAACUUCUUGGGAAGUUCCUGCGGUUUUGACUCAAACUGCUACGGCAUAUGGGACUGGAUACAAUGAUUCUGGGCAUAUGGUUACAGACGCGUACAACUUGAUUUCUGGUGUUGAACCAACCUAUUUGCAGCAACCCAUGGAAAAUAUGUACACAGGAACUGAUGGUUCGACCUCCCUAACAGCUGAGCUGGGUGAAAGAAGCAAAAGUGAAGAUCGUUAUGCCAAAAGCUUAGGGAAUGAUGGUCAUCAAGUUGAAUGUCAGAUAGAUACUGCUGUUAAUUACCAACCAUGUCACGAGGAGCUUACAGGGCCAGGAGUAUCAGAUCAUGUGCAGGCUACUGUUGAUCAAGGAGCGACUACUGACCUCCCUUCUCGCCUGUUGAGCCAAACCGAAGGUUUACUGGAGAAGCUGAGGUCUCUGAAGAAGUCUCAUGGGAACUUUCACAGCAAUGAGCAGAUAUCAAAGUUCAUACUGGAGCUUGAAGUGAGACAUUCUGAUGUAAAGGCGCUCUUAAAUGAUACCUCGCCUUUAGUUUCUUUUUGGCUCCACACUGAGAAAGAACUCAAGCGUCUUGAAGACGCCGUUAACGAUGAGAUUUACGAGCUUGCAAAAUCUGCAGUAAUGGAUGGAAUCGCAGAGACUGACAAGAGCUCUCCCAAAGAAAAGCUGGUAACUGAUGAAACUCAGGACAGUGUUGAAGAAGGAGAGUUAGCUCAGUCUGGAAAAACUCUUCAUUCAGAUGAAUCAGCUGAUGCGAGUGGUGGCGAUGGAUCUCCCACUUACUCCCAAAGCAAUCCAGCUGAGCAGUCUGAUAACGUUACUACUUUAGAUGAGAUUCAGAAGGUAGGCUCCUCAGUUGUGGAAGAUGUUGACAUGGAUGUGGAUAUGGAGGUUGAAGAACCAGUUCCAGUGCCUCCUUCCGAUAGUAAGAUGUUCAGUCAGACAGAGCCAUCCAAUCUUCACGCAGAUGUUCCACCACCUCCGGGGGAAGAAUGGGUUCCACCACCGCCUUCUGAGAUUGAAGAUGUUCCGCCACCACCGCCUGAUAGUUUUAGUGAACCAGUUCCUCCACCACCACCUCUUGAAAAUGAUCAUGUCCCUCCACCACCCUUGUCUAGUGACUCUGUGGGAGUACCCUACACCGUACCUCAAUCUUACAUUCAGCAACCUACUGAUUAUGCUGCUCAAUACAACUUAUCCUAUCCAGAGUCCAGUUACCAAUACAUUACUAACGCUGUUGCUCCUAACACUCAGUUCUAUGGCCAUGUCGACGGAUCUCAAGUCUCCCUGCCCCAGUCGGCAUAUUACUAUGAAACUGUUCCCGGUACAAGUGAAGUUGCUCCUGUUGAAGCUUAUUACAAUCUCAAUAGCGUAGCUCCGCUGUUUCCUGUCUCUGCAGAGACAACACUGAAUCACGGUGGAGUUGGUUCUAUUAACUACAACAUCCCAAGCGAUUCUUCUAAAGCUGUAGAACCUAGCUCUAAAUCCAAUGACUCUGCCGAAACAGCAUCUUUGAGCUCUGCUACACAAUCCACAGAUGGUACAGGUGGAGCGUCUGUAUUAGCGAAGGGUCAAUCUAAAGUGAAACGGCCUAAAAAGCGGACAGUUGUUGCUACUACAUCCACAUUGAGGUCAAACAAAAAGGUUUCUAGUUUGGUGGACAAGUGGAAAGCUGCGAAAGAGGAGCUAAACGAUAGUGAAGAAGAGGAAGAAGAAGAUAAUUACGGGAUCCUAGAUAGAAAAAGACGACGAGAAAUAGAAGAAUGGAAGUCACGACAGAUUGCGAGUGGAGAGGCUAAAGACAAUGCUAACUUCCAACCACUCGGUGGUGACUGGCGUGAGAAAGUAAAAAGGAGGAAAGAACGAGGGAGACGUGAAGGUGAUGAUGAGCCUAAGAAGAAAGAAGACGAGCAACAAAAACCUGAUCUGACCAAACUCUCAGCACAUCUUCCCUCGGGAUGGCAGGCUUAUUGGGACGAAUCUACCAAGAAAACUUACUAUGGGAAUACAGUUACAUCUGAGACCUCUUGGACACGACCCACUUCCAACACCUGAGUCUCUUUAUCUGUUAUCUUCACCCAAAGUUUUGUACUAUUACUUACAUUUCUAGAAUACAUUUGUUUCUUAGAUUCUCUCAUCUUCAUGUAAAUCUAUUACAGAGCACAACGUGUUACAUGUCUCAUUUGUUGGAGACAAAAUCUUUCUAUUAGGAAAUACUGUAUAACGAUUUAACAUUCCCCAAUGCAGACGCUAAUCUUAGUUUCUCAAUGCUCAAA